ACCCUUCCUUGCCUCAAUACCGGCAGUAUUUUAAUCGUUUAACGUAACACUUUUAUAAGAGUGAAAGCUUGUGUGGAAUUUUUAACAUAUGGCUUAAUUCAUUAAAACUCUUCACCAAUUUGGCGCAAUUGAUAUCUAGUAAAUUAAUAACUAACAUAUUGAUCGUUACGAGACCAUCUAAAAAUCAAUGACGGAGCCGGGCUUAGCUCCAUUCUGGUUAGAAUUGUAGCAAAACUCUGCAUUUAAAUAGCAAUGGAACAUCGAUAAGUCUUGGACCUCGCUCUGUUAAGUAAAAUCAAUGCAUUAACAUACUACUAAGCCUCUUCCUUCGUAAGUGCUCUUGAGCCCUGUCCAAAAAAGCAAGCAUCUUUCAGCACUGAUUCCAAUCUGGACCGCUUUGCCUCUGUAGUUCCUCGCGAGCCGAAGAGCCCCGUUAUAUCAUAGGAUACGGUACAGUUACAUUCCAGACGAGCAACGUGCAAGUAUAAAGGCCACAUUGAUCUGAACAACACAAGUCUGGGAAUGAAUAUUAAAUAUUGUGAUUAGUGCACCGUGGGGACAAGGCAUCGGUCAUAGAAGAACCUGAAGAUGCCCCCAGAGCUGGAUUCGGACGAUAGUGACGUGGAGAAGUCGCCAUCGGUCGAGAGUCAAAAGUAUAAGGUGCGUUCACAUCUUAACACGGAGUACGACAAGCAGUCCAAAAGGGACAUCAUCGACAACAUGUUUUCGUACAUAAACAGGGACCUGCUGAUUUGUAAGUUGUUCUAUUUCUUCUUUUUCGCGGCCUUUGGCUCCCUGUUUCCUCUGCUUGCCAUAUACUUCAAACAGCUAGCCAUGAACCCCACGAGGAGUGGAAUGCUGAUCGGGUUCCGACCUUUUGUGGAGUUCUGUAGUGCUCCAUUCUGGGGAAGUUUGGCCGAUAGGUACAAGAAAGGAAAACAGCUGCUUUUAUUUUCAUUAAUUUGUUGGAUAGUGUUUACUCUGGCAAUAGCGUUUGUGAAACCCCCUCACUAUAAGUGCAUAGAAUUUGGAAACUCUACCCUCCACGGACCCCCGCAGGGUUUUGACAGCCGAGGGGUGACCGGCGUCAUUGGUAGGGAAAAGAGAGAUGUAAGUGAUGAGUUUAUCUAUUCUCAUAGUGAGAUGUUACAUGCUGCUCUGAUUCAUAUACAAUCUCGGUUUAAAAGAGACUCAGAGUUUCCAGAUGGCGGUUUACCAUCAGUGGCUCCAACAACUACUUUGUCGACCAAACAACCAAUGAACAAAACUGUCUCAAGCACAACUCCUUCAACCACUACUUCAAAAGCGUCUUCCACGGCCAACCCUUCUUCCGGCGACGAACGAGACACGGGUGGAUACACCUGUCCUCCCCACAGCACGCAAUGCUUCAAAAAUAGUGACAUCCAGGACACAUUCUUUAAACUUCUUUUGCUGAUUGUCAUCGGUGAAUUUUUCAGCGCACCUGCUAUAACAUUUGUAGAUUCUAUCACCCUAGCAUACCUAGGAGAAGAUAUGGAUAAUUACGGUAGGCAGCGGAUGUUUGGGUCCCUGGGAUGGGGUCUCUCUAUGUUCUUUGUUGGGCUUGCGCUGGACCAUUCGUCCACCUUUCCGAACCACCCCUGUAUGUACACAUACGUGACUGAAAAGAACUACACGAUUUGUUUCGCCGUCUUUUCGGUCCUGAUGAGCUGUGCCUUUGUCACAGCGACACAACUCAAAUUUGACGCUCGCCAUGGCGGUGGUCAGGACAUUCAGCUGAUGGAAAUAGUUGUCAGGGUCAAGGACAAAGUCGUUGGAGCGAUCACUGGAGAAAAAACCGAAACAAAGGGAAUUUUCAAGAGCGACGAAGAUGCUGAAAUCGGGUAUUUAGAGUCGAAAGCAAGUGAAUCGAACUUGGAACGAAUAGAAAAUCAAGACCCUUCUUACCAAAACGGCCAGAAUGGGGAUGGAACUGUGAACGAAAAUGUGAAUGGUAAAAACUUGCAUAUCACUCUGCAGAAGGGCAACAAUGAUAUGGUGGAUGAUGCUGUGAAGAACUCGGGGUACACCAAUGUCGGCGGACCGGAUGACGAGGAGGAAGAACCAUUCCUUGGGAAAUGGUACGCCGUGUUGAAGAUGCUGGCCACUUUUAAGUACAUGUCGGUGCUUUUCAUUGCCUGGUUCAUGGGUUUCGGGAUUGGUCUAAUUUUUACUUUCCUGUUCUGGCAUCUACAAGAUAUUGGCGGAAGUCCCACGCUUUUCGGCAUUGCUUCCGUCUUCAACCAUAUAUCAGAGCUGAUUACUUACUUCUUUAGCAGAAAUAUUAUUAAUAAAUUUGGUCACGUGAAGGUCCUAUAUGCUGGACUGGUGGGAAACGUGUUGCGAUUCAUGUACAUUUCCUGGCUCACAAACCCAUGGUGGGUCCUACCGUUUGAGUUUGUACAAGGCCUGACCCACGCGGCUGUGUGGGCGUCUUGCUGCUCCUACGUCACCCAGGCGAUCCCUUUGGGUCUCCGGUCGUCGGCCCAGGGAAUUCUUCAGGGCCUCCAUCACGGGCUGGGAAGGGGGUGCGGCGCAGUGUUUGGGGGACUGAUGGUCUACGGUUACGGAAGUAGGAUAACUUUCCGUAUUUAUGGUGUCACGUGUUUAGUGGUGCUGGUUUUCUACGUCUCUUUGCGGUACCUUUUUGAAGACCGUAGUUCUUUCAGUUAUGGCGGGAAACAAAAGCACCAACUUAUGGAGGAGGAGUCUCCUACCUGUCACUUAGCACCGCACGGAGUUCCAUCCGGAAUAGCUCGGGAUUUAUCCAGCAGUAAACUAAAUGCUGGAUAUAACCAGCCAUUGUAUGGGACUACAUCUGCAGAAACCUAUGAUCAUUCCAAUGCUUUCCUUGAGAAACUCGCUCAUGGACAAGAACCGCAGGAUGAUUUUGGAAACGCGCCAAAAAUGCCUACGCAGGCGUAUCAGCAACAACCUCAAGGAAAUCCAAAUCCUUUCCGACCCUGAGCGGAAGUGACGUUAGUGUUCAGCUCAUUUCACAUUUCCCGGCUCCAUCGAAAGCUCACGUGAGCUUAUUGCCGUCGUCAGUUGUUCAUAUAACAUAUGUUUUAAUCAUAGCAUAGCAAAUGCGUAUGGGGUUAAAAACUAAAACUGUUCAAAUCAUGCCCAAAGUCUAUAGCUAGGAAAAUCUGUAGAAAUUAUAGAAAGUUAUUGUUAAAUUGGUACAUGUAGUGCACUUUUAAAAGAAUUUAUUGUGUACGUGUUAAAUUUACGUUUUGUGGCAGUAUUUCCUUUUAAGUUUGAUCUAGGUUUUAAAGCAAACCAUGUGAUACCCCUCCCCCCAACAUGUAUGUGUAUGAUAAGGACAGUAGAUGUGAACACAAUGCAUGUGGUACAAGCCUCAUAAUGGUUGUGUCUGGAAUGCACGAGUGAUGUGUUAUGAUGUGUAUCAUGUAGCUCGAUUUGACAGCUAAAUCGCAAGAACUUAUUUUCUUUUUGUUUAGAAUCAAUAUUUCGGUUCUUGACAAAUUGUUUUGUUAAUACCCAUAGACUGUACCUAUGUUGUUUUCAAAAAUAAAUCAUAUAAGUUGA